AUGGCAGACAAGCAAGAGCAGGCAAAGCAAGCGGCCGCCGGCAAUGGCAUUGUCAACCCCUCGGGAGCAAUGGUCAUGGCUGCAGCGCCCAUGUACAUCGCCUUCGUUCCAGUCACCACCUACCUCACGGCCCCAGAGAGUAUAUGCCAAUCUCUCGUCCAUGCAAUCAUUAAGCUCCUCCCCGGAAUCAACACCACGGGCAUAACUUCAGGUCGCGCCAUCCCCGCUCUUGCCACUCUCUACCUCUUCUGGACUUUCGGUGCCUCGGGUGCCCUCUCCGCCGCAGGCCAAGCCAUGGGUCGCCGCGAGGGCUUCGACAACGACCACCCGAGAAAGUACGUGCAUCAGCUCGAGGGUCUGCCGCUCAGACUACGUAGUGCGCAUUAUGCUCUUAUGGAGAACUUUCCCGCAUUCGCUCUUGCUGCAGCUCUAGCUCAGAUUAUGGCGCCCAACGAUGCUCAGAUUGUUAACCUGCUUGGCUUCCAUGUUAUGGCGAAACUCAUGGUGCACUAUCCGGCGUAUGUGGGUAAUGUGGCGCUGCCGAGGACGUUUGCCCAUAUCAGUGCUACUGCGGCAUUGGUGAAUGUUUGUUGGAGGUUGGCAGGAGCGAGCUGA